CUCUAUUAUCAUUACAAUUUCCUAGGGAUAAUUAUCAAAACUAUCUCCAAACUUUCUGUCAUUUCACUGCCAACCUCAAAUGAUGAUUAGAGACGUUGACCACACACCAUAACUACUUCAGUUAAUAUUCUGCCACCAAUUUCAGUGCCUCCAAAAUUACUUAACCUUAAUCAUCAUUAGCACAACUCUAAUCCAUCAUAAUUACUUGUCUGGGUCCGGGGUCCUUAUCGGUCAAAUUCCAAAAAAAAAAUAAAAAAAAAUCGCAACCUUGUUACUUUUCAGUCUUCCAGACCCUUCACCACAACCGACACGUGUACGCGUUCACCGGUAACAGCCGGUAUUCCUAGCCGUAAAAACGCCGUCCCGUUUGUUUUGUUUUUUUCUGUUUAAAACCCUUCAGAGCGGCAACCCGUUCCGUUGUCAGCUCACUAGUCCCUCUUCUUCCUUCUCUGCUCUGAGAUCUCGUCUCUCAUCGGAAUCGGAGGACUUUUACUUCCCGUCGGCGCAAAAUGUCGGCGGUUGCCAAGCUUCAUUCCCCCGCCAAGGCACGGGCGGAACCGCGGGGAGUUCUAGUCCCGGCGGGUAACCGAGUUAGGGUUCCGAAUCCGGACGAGUCGCAACGGAAAACGGAGGUUCAGAAGAAGAUCCAACAGCAACAGGGGAAGUCUAAAAGACAGCCGCCAGUGACGGUGGUAGCCUCAAAGGUUUCGCCGACGGCUGUGAAGAGCAAUUUUUCUGUUGACAGCGUUUCCUCGUCCGAAGACUCGUCGUCGUCAUCUUCUGCAGGUUCCGGUUUGAGCGGGAAGAAGAGCAAUGUGAAGCGUCAAGUGAAAUCCUCUGCUUCUCCUUGUCGCCGUGGCGGCGAAUUGGCGGUGGAGCAUUCGCCGACGAGACAGGAAGGCCCCGCGAAGAGAUGCGAUUGGAUCACUCCCAAUUCUGAUCCACUAUAUGCUAGUUUCCAUGAUGAAGAAUGGGGAGUUCCGGUAUACGACGAUCGGAGAUUGCUGGAGCUGCUGGUGUUUUCACAGGCAUUAGCAGAAAUGAGCUGGCCUGAAAUCCUCCAUCUUCGACUCACAUUCAGGAAGCUGUUUGAUGACUUCGAUCCAUCAUCCAUUGCGCCAUUCACCGAGAAGAAGCUUAUGUCACUGAGAAUCAACGGCCAUCUCUUGCUCUCGGAACAAAAGCUUCGUGCCAUAGUUGGGAAUGCUGAAUCGAUGCUCAAGGUUCAGCAAGAGUUUGGUUCGUUCAGCAGCUACCUAUGGCGGUUCGUGAACAACCAGCCAUUGAGGAACGGGUUUCGAUAUGCUCGUCAAGUUCCAGCAAAGACCCCGAAAGCAGAGGUGAUCAGCAAGGAUCUGAUGCAGAGAGGUUUUCGUUGUGUUGGCCCUACUGUGGUUUAUUCGUUCAUGCAGGCAGCUGGGAUUGUGAACGAUCAUCUCUCGGCAUGCUUCAGGUACCAUGAAUGCAAUGUGAAUGUGGAGAACAAUAAGAUGGAAGCUUCUGAAUCUGCCUGAAACACUGUCAUGUCCAUAUUGAUAUAUUGCAGCAACAAUACUGAGAUUUAUAAUGUAGCAUUUAGUCUCUCAAUUGGAUGUAUUUGCAGCUUGUUUUUCUUCUCCCACUUAAUGUUACCUUUUGUGCUAACUUGAUUGGUAGUCCGAAUACUUCAUUUGUUGUCCUGGGAUUUAACCACGAUUUUUUUUCUACCUUUAUCGAACACCAUCUUUGUUUACAGCAUUUAGGAGAUUGCCCAACAACUUCCUUUUCAAUUCCCUUCUUCGCAGCUGUUUUACUCUCUGUGAAUUGACUCUAACUUGUGGCGAGCAUAAGACUUUCAGCUCCUCGAUCGCCAAGUUUCUUUAGUUCGCUGGUUCGCAAGCUUCUGUUGUUUUAGCUUCUAUUGGGCACUGAGAUACAUAUGGUUUGAGCUGAAAGUUGGGGGGAAAAAAUUAACAAAAUCUUCAUUAGCAAUCAGUCUGACCUCCAACGAUCCUGAAAUACUAAACUUGAGAGAUGAAAACACAGCUAAAGGGAGAAUAUCCAUGUAGGAUUGGUGGUAAAAAUUAUCCUCUUCACAUGCUUCUUCUUGUAUCUAAUAGCUAAGGAUUCCCAUGAUAGCUGCAUAAUAGAUGAACAAGAGCAAGUACUCAUUCCUUUGAAAUAAAGCAAUAUUUCAAUCUAAUUGCACUUCUGCAAUAGGGAGCUCAUAGCCACAACUUUCAGAUAACUUCAACUAAAAAUAUCGACAUGUUUCCCGAACAAACAAUAACUCAAAUCUACAUCUUAAUCACUCAUUUGAAUCAGUAACCACAAUCUAACUACUCUCAAGUCAACCAACUUCAACGAUUGGUCUCUGAAUGGCCUCUAAAAUAUUAACCAUGCAGCCUCUAUUAUUCCCUGGCCAAAACUAUUUUAGAAUCAUGCCAUAAAAUUUCAUGUUCAUUUCAGUCUCAGAUCCGCAACGGAUGGUAAAUAUAUAGUAAACACUGAAAUUAACCUAAAAUCUAAAAAGAACUUACGUGGUCGAAAGACAAUUAGGACGAUAAUCAGUCUUCAAUUUCUUCCCCUUUUCAAUAGAGCGCCUAACAAGCAAUAAUAAGUCAAAUCUACAUCUUAAAAUCACUCACCCAUUUACAUCAACCUAACCACUCUCAAAUCAGCCAACUUCAACGAUUAGUCUCUGAAUAACCUGUACAAAAAUUCACCCUGCAGCCUUCUAAGUUCUAACCCUUCUACAGAAGGCAACACCUUUAGCUACAAUUGGUAUUUGGAACAUCUAUACAUAAGUUUAUAGAAGAAAUCAACAGCUGAGUUUGAUAAGAGACCGGAAAUAAACAGCAUGGAACAGUAUUUAUUCAUUCAGUUGCAGCAUCUAGUAGACUUGGCUGCAGCCACAAAGCACACAGUCCAUACCAGUCACAUAUAAAUUCCACAUGACAUACAUAUCUCGUAUCGGCUACUAGCUGAAACAUCAUUUACAUUUGAAGCAAAGAAAAACUCCUAGAUCAGUGUUUUAGAAACACAAGAUUUUGGAAGACAUUUUUUGGUUUCUCAGUACCAGAAAAGGCAUAUCUUCCCAGGUCAAAAGCCCAAAUAUUUACUGUUCAUAUAUGAGUACUUGGAGCAGAAAAAAUUUACCAUUAAGUCACUCAGAUAGACUACGUAGUUCGGCAACUUCUCGGGCACGAUUACAUAACCACCCGCAAAAGGGUUUCACAUUAAAGCGAAUGCAACCAC